UUCUCUCCGAAAAAUUUCAGAAAAUGCCUCUGUUCUCGUCGACUAUUCCGCAAGCUCCGGCGUGAUGUGAUUUUUGGAGAAUCGAUACGGUGGGAAACGGCAAUGCGGGCUGGCUGAACGAUCCAGGACCAGCAAAAUUGCAUUUAUUUGAUCAGGGGUAAGCUGCGGGCGUUACUUCCGAAAGGUAGUAGAAGCCAGGAGAAUAAAAUCGAUUCAUCAUGACGUCACGAUUGGACAGACUCUUCAUAUUACUUGAGACGGGAACUAAUGCCGUGACCAAGCGUGCCGCGGCGCAGCAACUGGGGGAGGCACAACGAUUACAUCCUCACGAGUUGCACCAUUUAUUAGCAAGGGUGUCGACUCUUUUAAAAUCGCCACAAUGGGACACGAGAGUAUCGGCUGCUCAUGCUGUCCAGGCUAUUCUUACUCAAGUACCGCCUUGGGAUCCGCAACCUAUUAAAAGUAACUUUUCUAAAAAUGAGAAAUCGAUGACGCAAAGGAGAUCAAGUAUUGCAAAUAAUAAGUUGAGCUUGGAGGAUUUUGACAUGGGGAGAAUAUUAGCACGGAGUUCACAUCUUACCGGGUCGGAGGGUAGUGAAUACGAUCUGGUGGUUGUCGAAGGAGACCAGAAUGUGCAACCUCCUCAGGAGGACAAAAUUCUUACUGCUAAUUUUGGCAUCGAUCCGCGAUUAAUGGGCGUGGAUACUUCAGAAUUAUUUACUGCAGAAGAUCUGUUACCCACGCCACCGACACCUACCUCCAACGUACCCACAAAAAUGAGCAUUGAUGAAGCUCUUCGUCAGAAUAGUGGUCUGAGCAGACGAGAAAUGAACAGAGCGAGGCGUAAGGCUCGUCAGUCGGUAUCAAAACAGCGCUCUCGCGAUCCAGAUGAACCUCAAGAACAUUCUGUCCCAACGAAAACUCACUCGUUAGUAACUGGUGAACCAUUGAGCAAAAAGAUCAAACUGGAAGAAGUUGUGUCAUCGGAACUGGGAACAAACAAUGUAGUCACCUCAGAACCGGGAAACGGAGUGCCAGAUGUAACUGGAUGUUGGUCAGAGUCUACGAUAGACUGGCCACUGGAGUCAUUUGCCGAGGGUCUUUCUCAAGACUUAUUCAGUCAGAAAUGGGAGGUGCGCCAUGGAGCUGCAACUGCACUGCGUGAGCUCAUUCGACUUCAUGGAAAAGGUGCAGGGAAAUCAAAAGAUCAAACAGCCGAAGAAAUGGAGGAGAGUAACCGUAGAUGGGUGAUCGACGUAGUGCUUCGAUUGCUUUGUGUGUUAGGAUUAGACCGGUUUGGAGACUUUGUGUCGGACCAGGUGGUUGCCCCAGUUCGUGAGACCUGUGCACAGGCUUUGGGUUCUUUAGUUUUACUGAUUCCAAACACUGAGGAAAACAAAGUAAAAAACCAGGGCGUCAUGGCAGUGCUCUCCAUUAUGUUGAAACUUCUGGAAUACGAUGAAUGGGAGGCUAGACACGGUGCAUUAUUAGCAUUGAAGUACCUGCUGGCUGUGAGAGAUGACUUGUUGGAUGAUCUCCUGCCAAAGGCAUUUCCCGCAGUGAUGAAAGGCCUAGCAGACCCUGUAGAUGACGUAGGAGCUGCAGCAGCUAGUGCUCUUAUACCCGUUGCCUCUGCGCUACCUCGUCUCCUGGAGCCUUCGCAACUCGAAGCAAUAGUAGUGAGAUUGUGGGAACUACUACGAGAACAAGAUGAUUUGGCAGCAGCGUGUAACAGUUUCAUGGGGCUUCUAGCUGCAAUACUGUCACUGCCUGCUGCAAGAGCUUGCCUUGCUCCGCAACCACUAUCACAGGUGUUACCGAGGCUAUGGCCCUUUCUCAGUCACUCGAGUUCAAGCGUCAGGAAGGCUACGCUGCAGACUCUACAGACUCUCACUGGUGACGACGGAGACUGCAACGAAGACAGAAAGAAGAGAUGGGGCGAAGGUGGAGGGCUAGUGCUUCAGGAAGCUCUUCGUCAUGUUUUCCAACGCGUUUUGAUAGAGCACGUGCCCACUAUUCAAGAAGUAGCCGAGCGAGUAUGGGAGAAUCUCGUGACUCGCAGUGACCUGGAGAUGCUUCUCCACGCAGCCUGUCCCUUGGUCAGCACGUGGCUCUGCCUCGCCAUGCAACCGGAGCAUGUGCCCUUUAACCCUGCACUGUUGACCACCGUAGUAGUCCAACCAAGAGGACCAAAAGGCAUUCAGAUAAUUGGGCAUGGCGAGACUCAGUCCGAUUCCAGCAAUAGUGGAGCCAACAGCAAUCUCAGCGGUACUGGCAAACCCACAUCGGAGCUAAAAGUCUACAUCGGUGGCAUAGAGACCGUAGCCCAAAGUACUCGCCGUUCCAACGUGGUGCCGGCUCGAUGCAUGGCAGCCAGGAUGCUAGGACUUUUAUCUCGCUACGUGGUGCAGUUCGCACCUGGUGUCGUCUAUACUCCAGAUAUUCCCAGUCCUGCGCUCUGCUAUGCUAAGGUCUUGCUGGCUCACUUGACUUCCCGAUCCGCGCUCCAGAGGACCGUAGCUGGACUCACCAUGGCGCACUGGGCUUUCCUGGAGCAUCCAAACCCACCAGAGAUACCUUCGAUACUCCGGGAUAAGUUGAUCAGUUGUUUGAACGAAUGCGUCUACUACGAUGAGAUUGCUGCUGGGUUUACGAGACUGCUGCAUGAGAGUCGUGAUUACAUAGCUACGCUGAAACAUUACAAGCUUCCUCUUCCUGUAGAAGUCGACUCCACUGCGGCAGGGAUUAUGACCCUGGAACAAAUUGCCACUCUUGCCAGUAAACCCUUGGGAGCGAUGUCAGUUUAUAGCAGUGGCUCUGCUGCGGUCACUGGAGCACCUGGAUCCUGUGGAGGUGGUGUCAGCGGAGGUGUCAGUCCAGUGAUUGUCAAGUUGAAGCCGAAGCUGUUGGAAAGCUUGGAGGAACGGAGACGAGCUUUGGAAGUGGGUGCAGCUGCCACUGCAGCGCAGCAACAAUCCUUGAACAUCAUGUCAAUGGCUGCACUAGCUGGAGCUGCUACGAUGCUCCACUGUCUGCCAGAAGCUCCGCAACCUUUGAACCCCCUGGUGAAACCUUUAAUGGAAGCUGUCAAGCGCGAGGAGGACGAGGAGCUGCAAAAAUUGGCUGCGAGACAUCUGGCUCAUCUUGUUGACCUCUGCGUUACCAGAAAACCAUCACCCAAUUCUAAGAUAGCUACAAAUUUGUGCACCUUCCUCUGCUCCGAUAUGGAAUUUACUCCACGAGUGACUGGCACCCCGGAUGCCCAGUGGUUCGAUGGGAUUCUUACUCUGAGUAACAGACAGAGGCAUGCCGAGAGAGUUGCCUACACCAGAGGAACCGGCAGCGGAAUGGGAGGUGGCAGAGGACCAGGUAGACCUCCAACUACGGAAAUCCCUCUGGAAGAGCUCUUAGCUUGCGAAGAACCUGAAGCCAAAGCUGCCAGGACGAGACGUCGAGGAGCAACGUUUGCCCUCACCUCCAUAGCUUCUCUCCUUGGAUCGGGACUGCCAAAUCGUCUACCUCAUCUCUGGGAGCUGAUGCUACCGGCGAUUUUACAGAAGUCGGAUUCACUGCUUCCGGAGACUCAUCCACAGGAAUGGCAGGAAGAAGCCAAUCAGCUGGUCUUCGGACUUCAGGUGUUAGAAAUUAUGGCACCUAGUUUGGACCGAUCUCUGCUGCCUCCGGUGCUGGAAUGUCUGCCGAGGCUCUGUUCGCUUCUGGCCCAUCCUUACAAAGUUGUCAGGCACAUGUCUGCUCGCUGCAUAGCGGCGCUGGCUACUUUAGACACCGAAAAGACAAUGGAUCACGUAGUGCACACAGUGAUCCCUCUACUCGAGACCAACAACGUGGAGACCGGAGACCCGAACACGAUAGCGGCACCAAACGAGUUGGAUUCUAGACGUCAGGGUGCCGCAGAAGCGUUCACCUGCCUCGUGGAAAGUCUCAGUGUCGGGGUCGUACCUUAUGCAGUACUCUUCAUGGUUCCCCUACUCGGGAGGAUGAGUGACCAGAAUCAAGCGGUACGCCUUGCGUGUAGCGCAACCUUCGCCACGCUCGUGCAGCUCUUGCCCCUUGAUCCUGGAGCGAUCGCCGAUCCGCCCCACCUUGUAGAGGCCAAAGCGCAGGAACGACGCUUCCUGGAGCAACUUCUAAACCCGCGCAGCAUCCCCGACACCCAGCUUCCCAUCCACGUGGCAGCGGAGUUGCGAGCUUAUCAGCAACAGGGUCUCAACUGGCUGAACUUCCUGAACAGAUAUCGCCUUCACGGAGUCCUCUGCGACGACAUGGGUCUAGGCAAGACCCUGCAGACCCUCUGCAUCCUGGCCCUCGACCACCACCGUAACCAGAAUGCUCCUCCGAGCCUCGUGGUUUGUCCUCCGACCUUGACCGGUCACUGGGUCUACGAAGCCGAGAAGUUCCUGAGAAACGACGACCUGUCGGUCCUCCAAUACGCGGGAACUCCUCCGGAGAGGGAGAGACUGAGGCCCAGGGUACCUCGGUAUCGACUCGUCGUCGCCAGCUACGACAUCGUCCGCAAGGACAUCGAGUUCUUCGAGGCGGUACAGUGGAACUACUGCGUUCUUGACGAGGGUCACGUCAUCAAGAACGGGAAAACCAAAAGCGCGAAGGCCGCGAAGAGGCUGCACGCUCAUCACCGGUUGAUUCUCUCCGGCACUCCCGUGCAGAACGACGUCCUGGAGCUUUGGUCUCUCUUCGACUUCCUCAUGCCUGGGUUCCUGGGGAGCGAGAAACAAUUCGCCGCCAGGUACUCGAGACCGAUUCUGGCUUGUAGAGAGCCGAAAGCUGGACCUAAGGAGCAGGAGGCCGGGGCGCUCGCCAUGGAGGCACUUCAUCGUCAGGUGCUCCCCUUCCUGCUGCGCAGGAACAAGGAGGACGUUCUUCAGGAUCUACCGCCUAAGAUCACGCAGGACUAUUACUGCGACCUCUCGCCGCUCCAGCGAACGCUUUACGAGGAUUUCCGGACUCGUCACUCGGCUACUCUGUCAUCGGCGGCUUGCUCUUCCUCGGCCAGCAAGCCUCACGGUGGACACGUCUUCGAGGCCCUGCGGUACCUGAGGAAUGUCUGCAACCACCCGAAACUAGUGCUCAAUCCUCGACACCCUCAAUAUCAAGCGGUUUCCGGGAUGCUGAAGCAGCAGCAGAGCACCUUGGCGGACAUCGAGCACGGCGCCAAACUCCCGGCUUUGAAGCAGCUCCUGCUGGACUGUGGCAUCGGUCAGCCUCAGCAACAGCGAAACCCCACCCUGGUGGUGAACCCGGCGGAGGGCCAGCAGCAUCAGCAGCAGCUGGUUAGCCAGCACCGAGCCCUGAUCUUCUGCCAGCUGAAGGCCAUGCUGGACAUCGUCGAGAAGGAUCUGCUGCGCACCCAUUUGCCCACGGUGACGUAUCUCCGACUAGAUGGAAGCGUCCCGGCCACCCAGCGUCACUCGGUAGUCGCCAGGUUCAACGCGGACCCGUCCAUCGACGUGCUCCUCCUGACCACCCAGGUCGGCGGCCUAGGUCUUAACCUGACCGGAGCAGACACCGUCAUCUUCGUCGAGCACGACUGGAACCCCAUGAAGGACCUGCAAGCCAUGGACCGAGCCCAUCGGAUAGGUCAGAAGAAGGUGGUCAACGUCUACCGACUCAUCACCAGGUCCACCGUCGAGGAGAAGAUCAUGGGCCUGCAGAAGUUCAAGCUGAUGACGGCGAACACCGUCAUCUCUACCGAGAACGCCUCGCUGGAAACCAUGGGCACCGAUCAGUUGUUGGACCUCUUCUCCCUGGACAACGGAAAGGAAAAAAAGGGGGAGCCUCCCGGGGAUGGAACCACGUCGACCGUGGGAGGUAUGCCUGGAUUUGGGCGUUCCGUCCUGGAGAUCCUACCGGAACUCUGGGAGCAACAGCAGUACGACGACGAGUACGACUUGGACUCUUUCCUGUCGACCCUGAAACCCGAGGCCCAGUGAUGGCACACCGUGCGAACGAUCAGCUGAUCGGUCUUCUAGCUUUAGACUUCCUUUUGUAGCACCUCGACGAAAGGGAGGCCCUACGUUUGACAAGCAAUUACAUCGAUGCAGCCUUUUUCGUAGCGUGUCUCGAGCGCCGGCUGUGUCGGUUGGGGAGUAGAAAAGCGAAUCACUUCCUCCACCUUUUCUUUUUUUUUUUCCCUCCUUUUUCUUUUCAUUUCUACGCUCGGUUACGACGUGUAGGAUAAUUUUAAGACGCUCCGGGAUCGCGGCAAGGUGUCGGUGGUGUUGAGGAAAAAAAAAAAGAAAAAAAAUAAGAUAUGGCGAGUGGGAUCAGGAGCCCGGCAAACCUCGACGUCCGACGAGAGUGAAAGGCAGUGCCUUUGCUUUUUUGCGGGGAGGACGAAUGCUCUCGUCGAGUUUAAAACCGCACGGGUUCUUAGCGACUCUUCCGUACGCCGCAAAUGUUUGCUCGCGAAUGUCCUCGUGUGUUUAACGCGUGCCAGGAGUACGCGGUAAUCGUUGGGAAAUGUUUUAUUGACACCGGUGGGUCGUUCGGCGCGCCAGGCGAAUGGAGGAAUAAUAACCGAAUGAGAUGCAAACUUCACGGCGCAUGGUCAUACUUUUGUAGGUCAAGUCUCGUCGGUAAUUGUUCCGCAUCGCGAUUGGCAUCCGUAUGCAAGCGAGGAAUCUCGGGGCUUUAACAGUUUACACGGUACGCGAUGAAAUCCUGGAUUUAGCAAUAAUAAGGCAAUAACGAAGCUGGCCAUUUUACGAGCCAAGUAAUUGUCGGUCGUUUUGCGCGACGACUCGUUGAUUUUAACGUCUCAUUUUAUUAAUCCCUGAUUUUUCUUCCCACCGAUUAGGUCAAUUUAUUCGGAGGGUCCUGCGAGACAUCCUUCGAGCAAACAUUUUCGCCGAUGCACCUUGACAUUCCCAGGGCGUAUUAUUAAUUCUAGGAUCGAACAAAACUCCGUCAGAGUGACACACAACGAAGGCGGCGAUGCAUCCGGGAAAACGAGGCCGGGCGAGGUAGAAUUAAAUGGCCAUCGAUUGUGUACGUACAAUUGCGAAUGAAAGAUGCGGAAAGUGCGUAGUCCCUUUUGCAUCGUCUACUUCCUCAUUGAUUGUCGAGCAAAAAGACAUGUACACAAUGUUAUGUAAUAGCCGAUCGUCGAUCUAGCCGAAGACUCGAACAAAAUGCGAUUAAGCUUAAGGAUACCUAGGAGGUAAAUCACCCGCGUAAAUCGAGUCCUCUUCUCUUUAUUUAUAAUAACUUAUAAAAUGAACCGUCGAUACAAUUACAAGUA